AUGCAGCUGCUGGGCUUACAGAGGCAACAGCGUUGCCUGGCUCUUGCUGCUGCCUACGGUAGAGACAGCUGCCUCCCCACAGCAACGAUUGCUGCUUAUGUAAAAACACUGCUGCGCGAGGCGCUGCACCAGCAUAAGCAGCAGCAGCAGCAGCAGCAACAGCAGCAGCAGCAGCAGCAGCAGCAGGGACAAGUGGUUGCCACCUGGGCAUCUCCAACAGCAGCAGCAGCAGCAGCAGCCGCUGCUGCUGCUGCUGCAGGCGUUGCGGUGGCUCCCGAGGAUCAGGUUGAGAGCGACGCAUCGUUGCUGCUGCACCAGACAGAGGCUGUUGCUGCAGCGCAGCAGCUGCUGCCGGGUGCAGCAGCAGGGGGCCCAGUGCUUAGGGGGACGUUCCUUGACUUGCGUGCUGCUGCAUUCAGUGAAGCAGCAGCAAAGCGGUUGCUGCUGCCGCUGCUGCAGCAAGCCAUUUGGCAGCAGCAGAGUGCCUGCACCAGCAGCAGCAGCAGCAGCAGCAGCAACAGCAGCAGCAGCAGCAGCAGAACGGGGAGAGCAGAGAAGGCUGCGGGUGAGUGGGAGGCUCUGUUCCACCGUGCGGUGUAUGUACACCGCAAGCUCUCUGUGGCGAUGACCCCCACUGAAUUUUACAGCGAGCUGGCGCUGCUGCUGGCGUCGCUGCCGCCGCUGCAGGCAGCUGAGCAGCAGCAGCAGCAGCAGCAACAGCAGCAGCAGCAGCAGCAUCCGCUGCUGCUGCUGCUGCCACUGUGGAGACAAGCUGCGCUGCUGUGCGGAGACAGCACGAGGAAAGAGUUUGCUUCCAGCUGCUGCUCCUUGCUGCUGCAGACAGCUCAUACCCUGCUAGAUAACCCGCAGCAGCAGCAGGGGCCCCACACCGCUCUUGCUGCUGCUCUGCUGCAGCAAGCAGCAGCUGUUGCUGAUGAUGCCAUCGAAGCCCUGCAGCAGCAGCAGCAACAGCAGCAGCAACCUCAGCAGCAACUGCAGCAGCAGCAGCAGCAGCUGCAGCGGAUAAAAGCAGAUAUUGAGCAUGAAACGACGCUUCAUUCUGUGCAGCAGCUGCUGCUGCUGCUGCUGAGGCAGCCAUCAGCCGCGCGAGAGGGGCAGCACUGA